AUGCACAAAGACAAGCAGCACGAGCAGAGCAACAAGCACAAAAACAAGCAGCACGAGCACAGCAAGAAGCACAAAGACAAGCAGCACGAGCAGAGCAACAAGCACAAAGACAAGCAGCACGAGCACAGAAACAAGCACAAAGACAAGCAGCACGAGCACAGCAACAAGCACAAAGACAAGCAGCACGAGCAGAGCAACAAGCACAAAAACAAGCAGAGCAACAUGCACAAAGACAAGCAGCACGAGCACAGAAACAAGCACAAAGACAAGCAGCACGAGCAGAGCAACAAGCACAAAGACAAGCAGCACGAGCAGAGCAACAAGCACAAAAACAAGCAGAGCAACAUGCACAAAGACAAGCAGCACGAGCAGAGCAACAAGCACAAAAACAAGCAGCACGAGCACAGCAAGAAGCACAAAGACAAGCAGCACGAGCACAGAAACGAGAGCAUAAAAUGGCACAGAGAAGAACAGAGGAAACACAAGAAUAUAGCUCGUCAGUAUCCACGAACUCCCCUGCUGAGAGUUGCAAUUCACUAG